UAUGUUUAUAAUGUAAUUAAAAUUAAUGAGCUAAUGUCGUGAAAAUACUCUUGUAUAUCUAGAAAAUGCUUGAGAGCUAGCUACUUAGGACAAUGUGCACAUGUGCAGUUCAGUCUUUAGCUUCAGGGAAUUAUCUUGACCGUAGAAGUUGGAGUGUGUCUCUUUGUUAAAAGUUUAAAUAACAGGCAGAGGACAGGGGUUAACAGAGGAGUUAAAGUGAGGCCGGUGGUGCUGAAACCAAACAGGUUCAAGCUUUAGCUUUUCUCAGUGGACGCAGUUAGCUGCGUAGUUUUUAAAGUGUGUGUAUAGGCAGGUUAGCUAGCUGUGUAUGAAGAUGAGGCUGAGCGGUGUGCUCGUGUGUGUGCUGCUGCUGUGGGUUGAGGGGUCUUGGGGUGACACCCCGGCCAACUGCACCUACGAGGACCUGCUGGGGACAUGGGUGUUUCAGUUGUCCAAAGGAGGACACGACAAGACCGUUAACUGCUCCGCUGAAGCCACAGGUGAGAGCACGGUGACUGUGACCCUUGAGAAACUGUCUGUAGCCACAGAUGAGCUGGGGCACACUGGCUUCUUCACCCUCAUCUACAACCAGGGCUAUGAAGUGGUCCUUAAUGGGUACAAAUGGUUCGCCUUCUUUAAGUACACUCAAGAGGGCUCUAAAGUGACCAGCUACUGUGACCAGACCCUGCCAGGGUGGGUCCAUGAUGUUCUGGGGAACAACUGGGCCUGUUUUGUGGGGAAGAGAGUGAAAUCAGCACCACCCCGUGUAGAUUACAAACCACUCUUCAGCAGCUGGCUGCUCCAGAAGCCGUACAAACACAACCUGGACUUCAUUGAAACCAUCAACUCUGUUCAGAAAUCCUGGAAGGCUGCACCCUACCCAGAGCUUGAGAUGUACACUUUGCAGGACCUUCACUACAGAGCAGGAGGGCCCGCCUCCCGUAUCCCCAUGCGUGUUCGCCCGAGGCCUGUGGAAGCUAAUGUAGCCAAGAUGGCGGCAGCUCUACCUGAGCACUGGGACUGGAGAAACAUUGACGGCGUUAACUUUGUCAGCCCUGUGCGAAACCAAGCAUCAUGUGGAAGCUGCUACUCCUUUGCCUCCAUGGGAAUGCUGGAAGCUCGUAUUCGAAUCCUCACCAACAACACUGCGAAUCCCAUCCUCAGCCCGCAGCAAGUGGUUUCCUGUUCUGAGUAUUCUCAAGGUUGCGAUGGUGGGUUCCCAUACCUGAUUGGGAAGUAUAUACAGGAUUUUGGCAUUGUGGAUGAGUCAUGCUUUCCGUAUAUUGCGAAGGACUCUCCGUGUGGUGUUCCUCAAAACUGCGGCCGCAUUUACACCGCUGAAUACAACUAUGUCGGUGGAUUUUAUGGCGGCUGCAGUGAGAUGGCCAUGAUGUUGGAACUCGUCAAAAAUGGACCCAUGGCAGUGGCCUUUGAGGUCUACCCUGACUUCAUGAUCUAUAAGGAGGGCAUCUACCACCACACAGGCCUCGCAGACUCCUUCAAUCCCUUCGAGCUGACCAACCAUGCCGUGCUGCUGGUAGGGUAUGGUCGCUGCCACAAGACCGGACAGAAGUACUGGAUUGUCAAGAACAGCUGGGGCACAGACUGGGGCGAGGAUGGCUACUUCCGAAUCCGCCGGGGUAGCGAUGAGUGUUCCAUCGAGAGCAUCGCUGUAGCAGCCAACCCCAUCCCCAAACUGUAGAGGCUGUAAAGUGAGGAUGAAAGGAAGGAAUGGUUUCAACAUCUACCCACUGUAGAUGUCAUAAAAUUAAGCAUCUCUGACAUUAGUUAAAAGCAUAAGUAAAUACUGACACAUACUGUUUACAGCAGAUUUGAAUUGGAGGGAAACUGCUCUUUUGAUGCCAUGAUUUUAGCAUGUUAGCCUACCACAUUGCUUUUAUUUUUUUAAACAUUUCCUGAUUUUACCAAUCACUGAUUAGCUGCCUAUAGACGAUUUUAAUUCAAGCGGUAACUGCCGACACAAACUUGGACUCAAAAUGCCUCGGUACACGCUGUGACAAAUCAUGAAGUGUGAUAAAUUCUGAUUGAAAGGGAACUGGUAACUGAGGAGUCAGUGUUUGUGUUUGCCUGUCAGGUGCAGGACCUUGAUUCUUUGUCUCAGGGAAGCAACAGUGGAGAAUUGUAACACCUUCUGUCCUUGCAUCAAAUUGAAACCGUGACUGCCAUGUUUCUCUCUGGGGCAAUUUGUAGGAGUUUCCUUUGAAGCAUUUAAAAGGGAAUACAGAAUCAAUAAAGGGAUUUUACUGAUUGUAGUGCCUUUUAUUCUGAUUUGCACUGUUUUGUUUUUUAAAAUUUGACAGAAUAAAAGCAUUUCAAAAUGUC